AUUUUUAAAUGCAGUCCCAACAGGUAUCUAUCCCAUUUCACUUUUUUCUUCACACUUCUCUUCUGCUUUUCCUCUUGCAAAUUGGGCAGGAAUUUUGAUCGAGCAUGGGGCGGAAGAAGGUGGAGAUGAAGCGAAUCGAAGACAAAAGCAGCCGUCAAGUGACUUUCUCCAAGAGACGAAACGGAUUAAUCAAGAAGGCUCGCGAACUCACCGUUCUCUGCGAUGUUCAAAUCGGUGUAAUCGUCUUCUCCAACAGCGGCAAGCUAUAUGAAUUCUGUAGCACUGGCAGUAUGGCCAAUUUUUUAAAAGAAUACCAGUGGCAUCUUGAAGUGGAAGCUGCUUCUGUCAAAGGUGCUAAUGAUACAAAGAGCUAUCAAGUGGAUUAUUCAAGCUCUAAGUCAUAUGCAGAGCUACUGCAAAUAGUUGAAACGCAACUUGAAGGGCCAAAUUGUGAGCAGCUUAGUGUGACUGAUCUUAUCAAAUUGGAGAAUCAAUUUGCUGCCGCAUUGACACAAAUCAGAGCUAAAAAGACAGAACUGAUGUUGGAUUUUAUAAAGGCCCUCCACAACAAGGAAAUUAUGCUGAAAGAGGACAAUGUUCAUCUAGAGAGGGAGAUGGAAGCAAUGAAGAACGGUGUUGGCAUGGUGAAAAGGCUUAGAACCCAUCCAAACCUCCAUUUGGUUCAUUCUCCACAACAGGCAACUCUAAGUUUACUUCAGUGAUCAGCUAUAAGACAGCAUUGAUUGCCAGGUAGACUUCCUGUUCUUGUUGCCAUGUGAUGUGUCCACUGAUUCCGUGUUUGUUGUCAUAUUUGAAAGGGUAUUAUUUUAAGCACAUUUCCUCCUUGCUCCCAAGUAUCUUGAUCUAUGGCUCAACCAUCUUUGAUCAAGUGAUAUCCCUCAUUGUUGACUGUACUCCGUGAAGUUGUAUGACACACAAUAUUAUGUUCUGAUGAAUCAUCAACAUAUCCAAUAACUUGUGUGGAAGACAUAUUAGUUAAUAAGUUGCAGGAGCUUGUACUCAUUUGGGAUCAUGCAAGACUGGGUUUUAUUUGAUUUUCUGUGUCAUAUAUAUUUCUCUUUUAUUA